ACACACACACACACACACACACGCUCACUUUGUUUCCCCCGUGCCGUCGUUUUAUUUCGGCUUUUGGCCAAAUCGACCACGUGUCUCUUAUUAUUUCACGUAUGUUUUUUGCUUUCCUACAAUCAGUCAGCUGCCCCGACACACACCGAGUGCCCCGGACCGCUCUGCAGCCGCUCCAGUGAAAGCGUUUAACGGGAUCCUCUCUCUCUCUCUCUCUCUCUCUGCGCGCGCCCCCCCGCGGCGGGACGCGUGGGCGUGGUUUGGAGCGUGUCGCUCAAGUGGAGUCUGCAGCUGGCACGCGUCCCCGGUGACGUGACGCAAAGCGCACGCAGCAAAUGUGUUUCCAACAGUCCGCCGUCCCGAUGGGCGAGAUCUGCACUUCUUCUACGCAGCCCUCGUCGACACGUCGUUUCCUAACCACCAGCGCAACCUUCGCCUGGACUGAACUCGCCAUGUAGAGGACCGCGUGCUGCACGCAGUUGGAUCUAUAUACAUUUAUAAUUUCGACAUUUUUUUUUUCGGGAUCCUGCGGUUCGGGAGCAGCGGGUCGACUUGCUGGUCCGGUGUGCGGGAUUCGGUGAGCGCCGGGAGGAGGACCGGCGGGGGGGGGGCCGGACAGGCCACCAUGCUCCGGCCGUGGGCUGCGCACUGGGUCACGGCGGUGCUCCUGUGUCGGGCGGUGGCGCAGUACUCCAGCGACCAGUGCAGCUGGAGAGGAAGUGGUCUGAGCCAUGAGUCUCACCGCAGGGACGUGGAGCAGGUCUACCUGCGCUGCUCUCAGGGCUCUCUGGAGUGGCUCUACCCCACAGGGGCCAUCUUUGUCAACCUGCGGCCAAACACGGAGCCCUCGUCGGGACACACGGCGGCUCUUCACGCGUGCAUCAAACCCUACACUCACUCCCAGGGCUCUCAUGUGUAUCUGGAGCAUGACGGGGAUCUGAGGAUGCUGCUGGCGGAGAAGGACCAAGCUCUGGGCACGGUGCACUGUUUCAGCCCGGCAGAGGGAGCUCUCUUUGUGGAGGCCGUCCCACAGGCAGACAUCAGCCGGAGGAUCACGGCGUUCCAAUAUGAGCUGGUGUCCAGUCAGGGGCCCGGAGCGCACUUGUUCCCAUACAUGCACCCUGGUUUAGUCACCUGUAAACCCUGUUCAGAUGAAGACGUCCUGAUGGCUGUGUGUACCAGUGAUUUUGCUGGCAGCGGCAUCUUUCGAGGAGCUCCCUCAGGUGCCACCGACCACUCUCCCGCUGUGGUGACUCUGAGUCGACUGUUUCGCCAGAAGACCAGGGUGUUUGCUUGGGGUGGAGCCAGAGGGCGAGGUUGGAGUGGACGUAUCAACGUACCCGCACAAUGCAGUGUGCAGCCUGUAGGCGAUGAGUACCUUUUGACCGGCUCUGUCCAUUUUGGCGACGCCUGGCUUGGCUGUGCGCCGCGCUACAAGGACUUCCAGAAGCUGUACCUCACAGCACAGAAAACGGGAAGAAACCCCUGUGAAAUAGACACAGACUGAGGGAUCUCCUCCAAACACGGUGGAGCGCCUCACCAGAGAGUCGGCGAGGAUGACACAUUGAGGAACAAGCUGAGAUUUGGGCGACGUCAGCUCUGAGCCUGGCAGAGAGAUGUGCAGGGUUACAAAACCCCGGCCAUCAUUGAAGGAUAAUUCUGCACAAUUUUUUCAAUGCUACACAACUUGCAGUAGGAAAACACGGCUGUGCAGUUUGAACAUUUUGGCCGAUGAGCUGCAAACUAAAUUGUCCUCAUUUGACUGAGUGUGUGUGUUUAUACAUGGAUGAGUGCAUCAAAUGAAUGACGAUGAGCUUAAGUUAAUUUUGUGCCUAACUGGUUCAUGUUUUUAUUCUCUUGACUAUAGUGCUGAUGUGAUCAUUCUUGAAAUGAUUGUUUGCUUUGUAAAAAGCUUUCUGUAAAAUGUAGGAGUCUUCUGACAGAAGUGUACAGUAUGCAGCUCUGUGAGUCUUUAUGUAAGUGUGUGUGGGUUCAGCUAAUACGUUCAGAGGGUCUUUAUAUUUACAGAAAAUAAAAAUCCAUCCUUUAGCUUGUC